AUGCAAUCCUCCUACCAACCGCACGCCGACAGGCUCAUCCCAGCCGUCAUCUCGUUUCCCACCUCCGAUUUGCCGCUGCUCAGUCCGGCCGCCGCCAACUCGGCCACUCCUCGAGCCGGAGCGCCCUCUUUCCUCACGCCCAUCCUCUACUCCACCAACCUGGUGCACAGCCUCUUCUCGACAGGCUCAACCGGCCUCCUACCCCUCCAUCACCACAUCACACCUCAAUCGCUCUGUCCGCCCCAGAAAACGCCACAACAACAGCCCCACCUCGUGAUACCCCAGCAAUACUGGCAACCGCAACCGCAACCGCAACUGCAACCACAACCACACCACCUUCAUCACUACCUCCAACAACAGCAGCAGCAGCAACAACAACAACAACAACAACAACAACAGUACCAGGCGCAACUGCAACACAUCCAUCAGAUCCAACAGAAGCAACAACAGCCUCAGCAGACUCAUGAGAAACCGGUCACAUUCUACACGCCGCCGUCAGGGGAACAGCAUGACAAAGGCGCCAAGUUGGUGGAGCUACCGUUGGGCAGUCAGGAGGGACUGGCAUUUCUCGAGACCAUUCACGAAGAAGAGGAAGAAGAAGAUGAUGAAGAUGAAGAUGAAGAAGAAGAAGAAGAUGAUGAUGAGGAGGAGGAGGAAGAAUGGCAAGUGCGGAGGAUGGAAUCAGAGGGUACCGCCCACCUGAUCGGUGAGCAAAUGGACUUCCGAGUUCGAGGCCGGCCUCAAGCGAGACAAGCAAGGCACGAGGAGAUAACUAGCCUGGCUUUUGACAAAAUCGACAGAGACGGCGGAUUUCUAUUUGUGCCCAGGUUGGGUGUGAUUUCGUCGCGGGACGAAGGCGCGAUGAGCUGCGGCUCGGGGGCACGCAUGGACUCGGACACGAUAGAGUCGACAAACUGGACUGCCGGACACGUGCGCAGAAGAGCCGAAGAGGAGACGGCAAAAACGGACUCAAACGAGGCACCGUUCAGUUUUAUCUUUCAUCAAACCGCCACUCACAACCUCUUGGCUGCCCGGUCGGCUGACGUGAAAACCGAGUCAGAUUCGCGAACUUGGCGCAGCUCAAAUGACCCGACAGCCUCGAACCAAGUGGAACAUCUUCACAUGUCACCGCCGCUGCACGCAGACCGCAGGUCAGAGUGGAUCGGAGAAUUGUGCGAUGGGCUGUCCCACCCGUCGCCAGCAUCAGUUGCCAACGCCUCCAGAGAGGACGACAUGUGUCGUCGUAGUCAUGACGCCGCGAAGAGCCGCAAACAGGCCGCCAUUUUGGCCAGCCCAAAUCUAGAAUUGGUGACUUCCAGUUCGGCCGCCUCUUCACUCGACGAAUGCAUUAAAACCUCAGACUAUCAAAGUCACGAGGGCGAAGAGGACGAGGAAGAGGAGGAGAAUGUCUACGAUGACUUGGAUCGCGAGUCUCUGUCACGGCGACACCAAAAGCGCACACACUCAAAGCAUAGCUUUGAAGGUUGCCAUGACAGCGGAAAAAUGGCUGCCUCCUCCGAGAUGACCGGUCUCUUAAUGGACCUGCCUCAGGGUGACAGAGGCUGGCGCCAAAGCGGCAGUCUGACCUGUUCUUCACUGAGUCAGUACGACCUGGAGCAGGAGGCUGAGGAGGACGAAGUGGACGAGGAGAAGAGCGAAGAGGCGAUGAAGAUGAGCACAAGAAUCUCAUGCCAACGGAGAGAUGGCUAUUUCAGGCCGUCGUGUCUUGACGCCUCAGGUGGCUGGCGGAGCGGUUGCGGACAGGGCAUAAGGAUAGAGGAUCUGGUGGAUAAGGAGCAAUCAUGCCUUUUUCGGUCACGCGAGAGUGCUUGUCGAAAGGAUACAAGGCCGACAAGAGAGGAGAGUGAGAGCAGAGGACAGUUGCACAUGUCAAUAGGGCAAGAGGGAGAAGUCGACGAGACAGGUGAAUGGUAUGAGAAAGGAGAAAAAGAAGAAGCGCAAGAAGAGGUGGGCAAUAGGGCGUCCGAGGAAUCCACUUUGUCUGAAUUGGCGCCUCCAGUCACUUCACACGAGGCAGACGAGGCAGACGAGGCAGAUGAGGGCGACACAUAUCACAAUGUCACUUUUGUGGACAGCCUUGACAGGUCGACGAGUGAUGAGUCAAAGGGCGACCGAGACAGCGACGACGAGGUGGUACAGACGCGGCUGGAGGGGCAGCAGAGAGAUUCAGCGAAAAGUCUACCAGAAGGGAAGAAGCGCAGAUGUCCAGAGAUGGACAAAAGUGAGGCAGUGAAGAGCAGACGAUUGGAGAGUGAGGCGACUUUUCAGCCAGCCGGAUGGGUCGUCUCAUCAUGUGGACGGUUGUGUGAAGAGACGACGACUCGGGCAGACAAUGCUGGCGAGUUUGGUGGUUGUUGGGUGCCGUUCAACCAUGACGCCUCCAAGACGGACACCAGACUGACUCGUCUCUUCACCGAGCCAGCCUGGGAGACUUCGUAUUUGGCGGCAAAUCGGCUGAUCAGCUGUGAGUGUGAUCGCGGCCAGUUUGAGUGGAGUGUCGAGUCUGCGACUGGCAGCGAGGCGACGCUUGAGGCAGAUGCGGUGGGGAGAGGCGCAGUUUGUUGCCAGGCGAAAGGAGAAUGUGAAGCGAGGCAAGAUGAGGCGACCGAGGGUAGAGACCUGUCGAGUGUAGAGGAGGCAGACGAGCAGGGAGACAGAGGAGAGAGGCAAAAAGCAGAUGGCCAGGGGACGAGACGGCAACCGGACAUGCCCAGUCCGAGCCGAGCGACUGGCCGAAGAGAAAGAGGCCAUGAAGACGAGCCUGAGGUGGUUGGCCGACUGGCCUGGGGGCAGACGAAUAGCGGGCCAAAGGGCGAGUCGACCAAUCACAGGCCCGGGCCGUCGUCUGCCCGACCGGUACAUCGUCCCAGACCGGACGGUCCGAGUCGGCCUGACUCCGAGUUGGUUCCACCUUGGCCCGAUUCGACAGCGGCUUCGUGCAUUUGCAAGUUCGAGUCGCUUCACUCGUCACCUCGUCGUCCCAUCACUCUCGGCCAACUUGGAGCAUCCUCCCGCUGCACCGCGUUCAAUCAGUCGACAGAGCCCCGGUUCGAGUCCUGUCAGCACAGCUCGCUGCUGUCCAGUCUGCCGACAGACGACCAGACCAGCCUUGCCAACGGCUCCUCGUCUACCCUCGUCCAACUGCUGGCCGGCUAUGCUGCCAGUCCGAGCCGGGCCGAGGGUCUGUUGCCACCCCAACCCAGACCCCAACCCGUUGUUGCCGUGGCGACUGUAAAUUCUUCUGUCAGGCCACUCAGCGCUUCGGCAAAUCUCGCCUUAACUCGGCCAACCUUUGGUUGGGCUUCGGCCCAGACACGCGAGUUUGACCAGUUACCAGGGCCGGAGAGUAAGCUCAUCACUAUGCCGCCCAAUUGCCCAGGCACUCGGACAGGCGUGGAAGAAGAUGAGUUUGGGCCAACAUGGCGUCUGGUCAACUCGACUGAACCAAGAGACCAAGGCCCCUCGGCCAAGCAAUGUUGUCAGACAUCACGGCCCAUAGUCAUGGCAACUACAGACCGGUGCAAUCAUAGAGCCGGCGGGAUCCAAUGCGAUCCACAUGCAAGUGAGUCGAUGGUAGGAGACCGGACAUGGAAGAAAGAGACGUUGGAGCUGCAGGAAUCGGGCCAGUCGGACGGUCAAGCCGGUGCUUCAGGCCAAUUCUGUGCAAAAUCGCCGAAUGCCAAACGGGCAAGAGAGAAUGAGGCUGGCGCACUUGUCGCGACGGGGCAGAUGGGCGGAGAGGAGAGCGAUGCCUCCAGAGCCUCCCCGCCGCCCACGCCCCCUCCGCGGGCUCGAGCUACACGUUCGACAGAGACGAUGGCGGUUCACGCGGCCGACAGGGGCUACAGCUCGGCCAGCAUUUGGGGCCGAGAGAGGAUGAGCCGGAACGCGGACUCGGACCAAGACUUUGGAUCUACCCGCGGGCUGGGUCUGAGGCCAAGAGACGGCGGAUUUCGGGAACUUCUUCUCGGCGAUGCCGAGGCGAUGGAGCCGGAUUGGCUCAUCUCCUCGACUCCCUCCCCCGAGGAGACCGAGUCCGUGAUGGGCCGUAACGACACGAAGACGCCGUCGAGACGACGAAAGCGCUGCAACCAGCCUCAUUUACUGGCCGGCCCCAUCGUCGCGCGUCUGCCCGCUCCGCUUCGGCUAGCGCCGCCGGUACCGGUA